AUGACCUCCGGCAACAUGAUGAACAAGAUUGUCUUCUACGAGGAGAGGAACUUCCAGGGCCGCUCUUACGAGUGCAUGAGCGACUGCCCCGACAUGUCCUCCUACAUGAGCCACUGCCACUCCUGCAGAGUGGAGAGGGGCUGCUUCAUGGUCUACGACCGCACCAACUUCAUGGGCAACCAGUUCUUCAUGAGGAGGGGCGAGUACGCCGACUACAUGAGCAUGAUGGGCAUGAGCGACUGCAUCAGGUCCUGCCGCAUGAUCCCCAUGCACAGAGGCUCCUACAGGAUGAGGAUCUACGAGAGGGACAACUUCCAGGGUCAGAUGCACGAGAUGAUGGAGGACUGCGACAACAUCAUGGACCGCUACAGCAUGUCCAACUUCAUGUCCUGCAACGUGAUGGAGGGCCACUGGCUUAUGUACGAGCAGCCCCACUUCAGAGGAAGGAUGUGGUACAUGAGGCCCGGAGAGUACAGGAACUUCAUGAACAUGGGCAUGAGCGGCAUGAGGUUCAUGAGCAUGAAGCGCAUCAUGGAUUCCUGCUACUAGACAAUGAGUUAUGAUGGUGCAGCGAUUGGUUUCGAAACAAAUACUCAAAACUGAGUGACCAAGCAACUCAUCUGUAGCAAUAUGCACUGGAUGAUUGACAACCAGUGAACUGCACAUACAUACAUCUUUGACUGCGGGCUGGCUGAUGAAGAGA